CUACAAGAAACACUUUACAGCAUACUUCCGCCGCCAACUUCAUCUUCCGUAGACUUUUCGAAAGAUCCUUGGUUUCAUGGGAAAGAGGAUGCUCUUGCGAACAGUUCUGCGGUGGCAGUUGUAAUCAAAGAGCCACCUGCUUAUGGAAAGAGAGGUGGUUGGAUUCCACGAACUGCUGAGGAUUAUGGCGAUGGUGGUGCAUUCCCGGAAAUUCCUGUAGCACAGUUUCCACUAGGUAUGGGUAUGGAUUUACACAAGCGAUCUGGUGAAAGUAAGACUUUAGCUCUACAGUUUGAUGCUGAAGGAAAGUUGCGACAUGAUGCUGUGGCGAGGCAUGGUCAUGCGAAGGAUAAGAUAAUAUAUUCUCGUCUGUCGGAUAUGAAAGCCAAAAUGAUUGAUGAAGAAGAUGAUUCGUUUCAAAAACCUAACGAGGAGAUGGUUGCUGAUAAAACUGAAGCCACACGAAUGGCUCUUGAAAAGAUAAUUGCGUCAAAGAUAUCCAGUGCGUUGCCUGUUCGACAUGCUGAAAAGCAAGCACCCGCUCAGUACAUCCGGUAUACUCCUAGCCAACAAAGCGGUGGUCAUAACAGUGGUGCCCAGCAACGUAUUAUUCGCAUGGUAGAGGAGCAGAAAGACCCUAUGGAGCCACCAAAGUUUAAGAUAAAUCAAAAAAUACCUCGAGCACCUCCUUCGCCACCGGCACCUGUAAUGCACUCACCACCAAGAAAGGCGACUGUGAAAGAGCAGUCAGACUGGAAAAUACCGCCUUGUAUAUCAAACUGGAAGAACCCGAAAGGAUACACAGUAGCUUUGGAUAAGAGGCUGGCUGCGGAUGGCCGCGGUAUGCAACAGGUUCACAUAAAUGAGAAUUUUGCCAAGCUGGCUGAGUCACUUUAUCUCGCCGAUCGAACAGCUCGAGAAGCUGUAGAAACCAGAGCCCAAAUGGAGCGCCGCUUAGCCCAGAAUAAGAAGGCGGAGCAGGAAGAGAAGAUGCGUCAGAUGGCACAGAAAGCUAGACAAGAACGUUACCAGAUGAAGAAAACGCAGGAAACCGAAGGUGACAAUGCAGAAGCACGAGAAAGGGAACAGAUACGACGUGACCGUCUGGAUGAACACCGACGGGAAAGGAAUAUAGCCCGAAACAACCCUGAUAAAUUAGAGAGAUUGAAACGGGGCAAAGAACGUGAUAUUAGCGAGAAAAUCGCACUUGGUUUGCCUGAUUCUCGUGCAAAGGCUGGAGAAACACAGUUUGAUCAACGUUUGUUUGACCAAUCAAAGGUAAGAGGUCUUGACAGCGGAGGGAUUGAUGAUGAAACAUACAGCGUUUAUGACAAACCCUGGAGGGCUCAGGAUAAUAUACAACAGCAUAUUUACAGACCUAGCAAAAACUUGGAUAAAGACCUGUAUGGUGAUGAUUUGGAAAAAAUUAUUAAUGCAAACAAAUUCGUCCCUGAGAAGAGUUUCAGUGGUGCAGAUGCCAGUGCUGCACGUUCUGGUGGACCAGUGCAGUUUGAGAAAGACGAGGAUGAUAUCUUCGGUUUGGGUCAGUUGCUGCAGUCUGCAAAGGAAGUCAAAAAACGCGGCCACGAAGGAGGGAAUGACGACAGCUCUAGCAAAAAACGGCGUUGA